AGGGGCGGGACGUCCGCGUCCCCUGGCUGCCUGCAGUCCUUUGAGGCCGAGGUUAGAGUCCUGGGGUCCCGGCGGGUCUCUGCUGCUUUUGCCACCCAGGCCUACUCCGAGCGCCAUGGCCCAGCCACCGGCCGACGUCAGCGAGGACGACUGUCUCCCGGAGUACCACCACCUCUUCUGUCCGGACUUGCUCCAGGACAAGGUGGCUUUCAUCACGGGUGGUGGCUCUGGAAUUGGGUUCCGGAUUGCUGAGAUUUUCAUGCGGCACGGCUGCCACACAGUCAUCGCCAGCAGAAGUCUUCCCAGAGUAUCGAUGGCUGCCAGAAAGCUGGCCACUGCCACUGGCCGGAGGUGCCUCCCUCUGUCUCUGGACGUCCGAGCUCCCCUGGCCGUCGCGGCAGCUGUAGAGCAGGCCUUGCAGGAGUUCGGGAAGAUCGACAUUCUCAUCAACUGUGCAGCCGGGAACUUCUUGUGUCCCGCCAGCUCCUUGUCCUCCAACGCCUUCAAGACUGUGAUGGACAUCGACACCUUGGGCACCUUCAACGUGUCUCGUGUGCUCUAUGAGAAGUUCUUCCGGGACCAUGGAGGGGUAAUCGUGAACAUCACUGCGACCCUGGGCGCUCGGGGACAGGUGCUCCAAGUGCACGCAGGCUCUGCCAAGGCGGCCGUGGAUGCGAUGACACGGCACCUAGCUGUGGAGUGGGGCCCCCAGAACAUCCGCGUCAACAGCCUUGCCCCUGGCCCCAUUAGUGGCACUGAGGGGUUGCGGCGUCUGGGCAGUGGACAGCGCGCUGCAAGACUGGUCCACAGCCCACUCUCGGACCCCAGACCUGCCACCCGCCCGCCUGCCCAGCCUGAGUGCCAGACCCAGCAAUCCCAGCCAAGCAUUUGAAGAGAGACCGGCCCUUCCUCUAGGAGCGGUGCUGCGCCCACGCGCCCUGCCCACGGCCCUAUCUCUGUGCGCAGGGAAGCGGGCAGUGACCAGGAAGGGACCUGGCCAUACACCCUCGGGCGGCCUGUGGUCCGGCACCUGGCCAGGCCCCCAGAGUGUGCCCCGGCCCAACCCAGGGUCAGCGCUGCCCUGCUGCCCAGCCCCCACCUAGGCUGGUCUCCUUUCUCUCCUGCCUGUGUCCAGGGGGUGCCUCCAGGUGGUUCCCACGGCCUGGGUGGAGAAAAGAAGGUGGUUCAGGCUGUCUUCUCCUGCUCUCGCGCUUUGAGACCUUUGCUUGACAGAAAUGCCAAACCGGGAAGGCUGGAGAAGUGUGUUUGAGCGCUGCCCCCAGGCCUGUGUCCUGCGUCCUCUCCCCUGGGUGUGUGGGCUGCAGACAGGACCUCUGCUGGCACAGGUCAUGGUGCUCCCACCUGCCCUGGAGAGGACUUAGUCCUUGGUUGUUGGGGGCUCACUCUCUGGACCCUCCAGGAGGCCUGGCCCCAUUGUUACCCUCCCUCAGGCCCGGGGGAGGGGGAUCUCUGCCUCAGUUGUUCCCCAGUGACCGCUCUCUGGCACACAUUCAGGCCAGGCCCUAAGGGGGCCAUUUGGAUCCUGGGCUUGUUUUCUGUGCUGUUAAAAACUUCAGCGUACUUAGAGCUGUUGGUGUGCCCUCUAGCUGGACAGGUGGCUCACUGCCCUCCUCUGCACCCUCUCCCAUAUCAUCUAUUUGCAUAAGCACAGGUUCUAGAGUUUUGCCAGAAAAUGCAUUUCCUUAAAAAAUAAACGUUUUACUGUAAAAUUAUA